AUGGUGGCCGAGAGGAAUCCGCUGCCCUUGGGCCUGGCGCUCGGAGCCUCAGCCCUUCUCUACGCGUGGUGGCUACGGAGGCGGCGCCAGCGGCGCGCCGACCCUUUUGGCUUCGAUGAGCCGGUGGAGCGGGGCCACCUCCACACUGCGAAGCAUGAGCUGCCCCUGGUGAUGUACGGAGAGGCCGCAAAGGAAGCCUUGCACAUGUGGGUGGCAGACAUGGAGUUGCCCUGCUGCGAGGAGAUCCGUCGAGCGAUUGCUCGUCGAGCCGCCGAGAAUACCUUCGGAUACACCCUCCAGCCAAAGUCCAUUUGGCAGUCUGUUGGAAGAUGGCUGGUGGAGCAGCAGGGCGCGAACAUCGCGGUACUUGGAGCCAUGGCUGAUAGAGCACCUGUGCUACUGGGUUGCCAGAAGAGGCACCCCGGUGGAGACAGCUUGCAGAAGCCGCAGCACUUGCUGCAAGAAAAGGAGUACGACUUGGAGAACCCUCAGCACUUGCUCGAUUUUUUCAUCGACGCCAACAUCCGCUUGGUGAGGCUGCAAUAUUUGAAGCAGCUUGCUUGCCAAGGAGGGCCGGCCCUGGCCGCGUCGGCAGGCCUAGUCAACUUCAUGUCAGUGUCCCACUGUUGGGAAUCCAAGCAGCACCCAGACUGCUUUGGCAGCCAAGCGCGAGAGCUGCAGCGACUGGAGGUUUGGGGUGCAACCUGGCUGUUCAUUGACUUCGUCUGCUUGCCACAGUACCGCCGCACAGAGGAGGAGCAGAUGUACUUCGACCGUGCCAUGAAUGCCAUGCAUGUGCUCUAUGCUCACGUGGCUGUGACUAGGGUGAUCCACUUGGAGGACCUCAUCCAUCAGAGUGAGAAGGCAUCACCGCCUGCCUUCAUAGACAUCUACUAUGAGGAAGGCAAAGAAACAGGCAAGUUUGGGCCACAGCCCUUCAGCAAGUUGCAGCUCAAUGACACGCCCUACAACCAGAGAGGCUGGUGUGUAGCGGAAUGCCAGUGGAUGAGCACGAGAGAAGUCCUGCAGGGCAUUGCGCCAAUGACUCCUGAGAGAUUUCGGCAGCGAGUGGAACUUGGCAGAGACAAGCUGCCUGGUGGCUGGCCCUUGACAUUCACACACCGCGCGGACGAGGAGAUCGUGAUGCACUUGCAAGAGAAGGUCUUUGAGCGGACGGCGCGGGUGCGCAAGGAAAUGCGGGCAAUGGGCUUGCAGGAGGAAGAGCAGCUCAACCUUGCAGAGGCCUUGCCGCAUUUUCUGCAGCUAAGCCAAGUGAAGCUGUCCUCCUGUCAGAUCAGCGAGAAGGCCGGUGUGGCUCUGGGUGCAAGCCUGAAGUCCGUGAAGCAGCCGACACGACUCAACUUCUUCAAAUGCGCCAUUGACGAUCAAGCUGCAGCGGCCUUGGCCCGAGGCUUGGUGGAACGUCAGGGCGCCGAGCAGAUCAGGGUCAGGCUGAGCAUGUGCAACAUUAGUGAGGAAGCUGCCGCAGUCUUUAAAGCGGUCGAGGGGGUGGAGGGUUGGAGCUACCAGCCUCCGCCGGAGCACUUUGCCUUCUCGGCCAGUGUGGUGACCAGCGCUGCCAACAUCAUCCGGGCGAUGACGAAGCCCGGGGACCAGAUUGCGCUAAUGGUGCCUCUGUAUGCGCCGCUGCAGAAUCUGGUCACGGCCUGCGAUCGCACCCUGGUGCGAUAUCACCUGCAGCAGAACAAGUCUGGCCAGUAUGACAUGGAUGUCAAGGGCAGCUUCACUGCGCUGUUGGAUGCCAAAAACAUCAAGUCGCUGAUCCUCUGCAAUCCGCACAACCCCAUCGGCCGCGCUUGGCGCCGUUCGGAGCUGCUGGCGUUGGCACAGGCCUGCGCGAAGCGAGGCAUCCUCGUCAUGUCGGACGAGGUUUGGGCGGACUGGUGCUUCGAAAGCUUUGUCCCUUUCCAGCCAGUGGCACAGGAGGUGGGUUGCAAGUGCAUCACACUUGGCGCACCUGCGAAGACCUGGUCCGUGGCGGGCCUGCACGCCUCCUAUGUCAUUGUGGCCGACGACGACUUGCGCAAGCAGUACCUGGACUACACCGAGCCUAGCUUCUUGACGUUCGGGAGCGUCUUUGCGACGGAGGCGAUGCUCGUGGCCUAUGACCUUGGCGGCACCUGGUUCAAAGCUGCGAAGGCCUACAUCAAGGCGAACCUGGUCUUCCUGGAGCACUUCCUCCUCGCACACGUCCCGGGCGUGCGCCUGGUGCCACACCAGGCCACCUACCUUGCCUGGCUUGACUGCUCCGGCCUGGGUUUCGAUUCCGGCAAGGAUUUGAACAAUUUCAUCCUCCACGAGGCCAGACUGGUUCUCUCCCCUGGAAGCGAGUUUGACGCCGAGAAGUCCUGGCACUUCCAACGGAUGAACCUCGCUUGCAGCAGGUGCCUCCUGGAAGAAGCCAUGUCCCGGCUCAGCGCCGCGGUGGCGCGGCGAGGCCAGGGUCGCUGA